AUCUCUUUCCUUUCUGCGUGCUGUUCCUCGUCGUUUUUUGUCUCUUGCCGAUGGCACGCCAUUAAAACCCCGACUCUUCUUUCUUCAAUCAGCUCUCUCUCUCUCUCGCUCGAUCUCUCUUGCUUGCGCUCGCUAGCUUGCUUUCCCACUUUCUGUGAUCUUGGUUACAAUUUCUGAUUGGAAACACGGAGGUUAGAAAGGGAUCGACAAACAAGUUACUUGAGGAAAGAGUUCAAUCUGCGUCUCCUUUUGUUUCAUUCCAACUCAAAUUUGCUAAAUCUAGGUCUUUUUCCUGUAGUUUCUGCUCUUUCCCUUGGUUUUGAUUAGACGUUUUUUCAUUGAAGACAUAGGUAAAAGUGUCAACGAGCUUCUAGGGUUCGUCUGCAAGUUAUACUUUAUAAGAUCAUCGAUUGUAAGAGGUCGAAUUCUGGAAUUAAGGGACACUUGGGACUUAUAUAUUAUAUGUUAUGUUCUGAUUUGGUUGAGGAUUAUAUGUAUUUAUAUAGAGAGGAAGAGGAAGAGAACGGAAAAGAAUUUUUCUGAGAAAUUUAGGAUCUUUUUUAGGUUAGGUUCUCUUGGUGGGAACUUUUGUCCUGUUUAGGGUUUGCUUUUUAUGAAAUUCGUUAGAAUCGGAAGAUGUAUAGCAAUUUCAAGGAGCAGGCUAUAGAAUACGUGAAGCAGGCUGUUCAGGAAGAUAAUGCGGGGAAUUACAGCAGGGCUUUUCCUCUUUAUAUGAAUGCCUUGGAGUACUUCAAGACCCACUUGAAGUACGAGAAGAAUCCUAAGAUUAAGGAAGCAAUUACUCAGAAAUUCACUGAGUAUUUGAGGCGAGCUGAGGAGAUUCGGGCUGUUCUUGAUGAGGGAGGGACUGGCCCUGCCUCGAAUGGGGAUGCUGCGGUUGCUACGAGGCCAAAGACGAAGCCCAAGGAUGGAGAAGGGGGAGAUGGAGAGGACCCCGAGCAAGCAAAGUUGAGGGCAGGCCUUAAUUCAGCUAUUGUAAGGGAGAAACCAAAUGUGAAGUGGAGCGAUGUGGCUGGACUAGAAAGCGCUAAGCAGGCAUUGCAGGAAGCAGUUAUAUUGCCCGUGAAGUACCCACAAUUUUUUACUGGAAAGAGACGACCAUGGAGGGCUUUUCUGUUAUAUGGUCCUCCUGGAACGGGAAAGUCUUACUUGGCAAAGGCUGUUGCAACAGAAGCAGACUCAACCUUCUUCAGUGUUUCUUCAUCAGACCUAGUCUCAAAGUGGAUGGGUGAAAGUGAAAAGCUAGUUUCAAACCUUUUCCAGAUGGCUCGUGAUAGUGCUCCUUCCAUCAUCUUUAUUGAUGAAAUAGAUUCCUUAUGUGGUCAGCGUGGUGAAGGAAAUGAGAGUGAAGCUUCUCGUCGUAUAAAAACAGAACUUCUUGUACAGAUGCAGGGUGUUGGAAACAAUGAUCAAAAAGUUCUUGUUCUUGCAGCAACAAAUACUCCCUAUGCUUUGGAUCAGGCCAUCCGACGACGAUUUGACAAACGGAUAUACAUUCCUCUCCCUGAUUUAAAGGCUAGGCAACACAUGUUUAAAGUACAUCUAGGAGAUACCCCUAACAACUUGACAGAAAGUGACUUUGAGAUGCUAGCCCGCAGGACAGAGGGAUUCUCAGGUUCAGACAUUUCUGUUUGUGUAAGAGAUGUGCUCUUUGAACCAGUACGUAAAACCCAGGAUGCCAUGUUUUUUGUAAAAACCUCUGAUGGCAUGUGGAUCCCGUGUGGACCAAAGCAAGCAGAAGCAGUUCAGAUUACAAUGCAGGAGCUUGAAGCAAAAGGCCUUGCUUCAAAGAUCCUUCCUCCACCAAUCACAAGGAUGGAUUUUGAAAAAGUGCUUGCAAGACAAAAGCCAACAGUGAGCAAAUCUGACCUUGAGGUGCACGAGCGAUUCACAAAGGAAUUUGGGGAGGAAGGUUGAUGGAUUUGAAUUGGAACAAAACACUUGCUGGCUGUGAGGACAGGUAUUAUAUUUUGUAUUUUUAUUACCAUUGUCUUAUUGAAAGAAAUAUCAUCUUUAUAGCUGUCAAGUGCAGAAGUUUUAUAGAAUUCCUUCGCUGCUGUAUGAGUGGGAAAGUGCUUGUUUUGAGAUGUGAUACUUUGUCUGAAAGUUUUCUUGUUUCAACCAGAGAAGCAGAACUAUAAGACUACUGAUAAUUAUAUCGUUGUAUAUACCAUUUUUACUCCAAGAAUACAAGACUGCGAACUUUCAUGGGUUCA